AUGAAUUCUGAAAAUGUGAGUAACCUUGUUACUACUGGAGUUGGUUCUGAGGCUGCUCUGGUCGAGGUUGAUGAACCUAGUUCGAAAAGGCUAAGACCAGCAACCUCCGAUGUUUGGAAUUUUUUCGAAAAGCUCGGUCCAGAUAAGGAUGGAGUAGAACGUGCUGAGUGUAAAGGAUGCAAGAAAGUGUUUAAAGCUGGAGGUAAGCGAUAUGGAACUUCUACUAUAAAACGACAUCUUGAUAGUUGUACUCAAAUUAAGCAUGAAGAUAUUGGUCAGACUAUAGCAGAAUUGCAACUUAAAAUGGGUUCACUUAAAAUUGAUUCAGGAGUGGCUAGAGAUAUGUUUGCUGGGUAUGUAGUUGCUGGGAAUAAGCCUUUUAAUAUGGUUGAUGAUAGGAGAUUUAGAAAUUGGGUGAAAUAUAUUAGUCCAACUUUGAAACUUCCUUCUAGGAAUACGGUUAAGGCUGACAUAGUGAAAGUUCACAAGAGAGAAGCUGCGAAACUUAAAAAAAUUUUAGUUUCCAUUCCAAAUAGAAUUUGCUUAACAUCUGAUCUUUGGACUUCCAGUACCAAUGAGGGGUUUAUAUGUUUGACUGCACAUUUUGUUGAUGAGAAAUGGAAAUUACAGAUUGAUAAAAAGAUUUUUUCCAUUACUUUGGAUAAUGCUUCUUCUAAUGAUACUUGUGUUGAACACUUGAAAAGUACUUUGGAUGUGCAUGGUUCAUUGUUGUGUGGUGGUGAAUUCUUUCAUGUUCGUUGCUCUGCUCAUAUUUUAAACCUUAUUGUCCAAGAUGGAAUGAAAAUAUGUGGUGAUGCAGUGUAUAAGAUUAGAGAGUCUAUUAAGUUUAUGAGAAAAUCUGAAAGUCGAAUGGUUAAGUUUAAAGAAUGUUUUGAAGAUAUUGAGGGACUUGAGUAUACGACUGCAUUAUGUUUAGAUGUUCCUACUAGGUGGAAUUCACUUUAUGCAAUGCUUGCAAGUGCUAUUCCUUAUAAGAAAUCUUUUGAAAUGUAUAAAGUAAAAGAAGUUGGGUUUAGGGAGUAUUGUCCUUCAUCAGAUGAGUGGAGAAGAACUGAAAAGAUAUGUGAUUUAUUGUUACCAUUUUACGAAACUACCAAGUUGAUGUCCAAAACUUCUUACCCAACAUCCAACUUGUAUUUUUUACAAGUUUGGCAAAUCCAGCUUAUUUUAAUGAAUAGUUUGAAGAAUGAUGAAGUGCUUAUAAGGAACAUGGGAGAAAAAAUGAUGAUUAAGUUCAAGAAAUAUUGGGAAGAAUACAGUGUUGUUCUUGCAUUUUGGGCAGUUCUUGAUCCUAGAUUUAAACUCAACACUUUGGUUCAUUGCUAUAAUGAGAUUGAUCCUAUUAGUGCUAAAGACAAAGUGGAGCUUGUGAAGAAUAAGUUAUAUAAGCUUUUUGAGGUUUAUGACCAAAAUUCCUCUACAACUGUAGAGUGUUCUUCCCAACUUUCAAAUAAUGUUGAAGCGGUGAUUUGCACCAGAAAUUGGAUACGUGGAUAUGAUGAUUUUGAGGAAGAUAAAGAUCAGGAAGAUAUUGCAAAAGGAGAAGGCUAUUUUUCAGGAGUUGGUUCCAAUGAUGUUAUUGACUUAUAUGAAGAUGAAGAUGAAAAUUAA